CUUUAUUAUGACCUGAAUCAGCUCAAGUGUGGUCCUGUCUCCUCAGAUGACAUCACUCUUACUGUGGAUGGAAAAGACACAUAUGAAGAAGUGAAGAAGUCGGGUAGGUACAGAGAGUGCAAGAGAACCCAAGGUGUUUCCACUACAGACCUGGUUGGCCGCAUGCUGCUCAUGACCAAAGCUCAUCACAGCAACAUGGGCAGUUCAGACUAUCAACAGCACACAGACAACUUUGGAAGAGGCCCUAAGGGCCUCAGUCCCUGGACAGGAGUGUCACAAUUCCUGCAGACAUCCCAAAAAAUCAUCCAGUUUGCCUCAGGAAAGGAACCACAGCCAGGAGACACCAUCAUAUAUGUGGCUGGAGCUUUUGACCUAUUUCACAUUGGCCAUGUGGAUUUCCUGGAUGCAGUGUCCCAGCUUUCAGAGAAGCCAUAUGUUAUUGUGGGCUUGCACUUUGAUCAGGAGGUGAAUCGUUACAAGGGGAAAAACUAUCCCAUCAUGAACAUCCAUGAGAGGACUCUGAGUGUGCUGGCCUGUCAAUAUGUCUCUGAGGUUGUUAUAGGAGCACCAUAUGCUGUCACAAAAGACUUAUUGGAACAUUUCAAGGUAGACCUGGUGUGCCAUGGGAAAACUGAAGUGUUUCCAGACAGAGAUGGAUCAGACCCAUAUGCUGUACCCAGGAAAAUGGGAAUAUUGCAAACAAUGGAUAGUGGAAACAGUCUCACCACUGAUGGCAUUGUGCAGAGGAUCAUCAAAAGCAGGUGUUACAUUCAGCUCUGA